AUGGACUAUAUAUUUACAGGAGACAAAGUCUGUGAUUCAUUUAGACUUGCAGGAUUAAGUAGUGCAGUGGUGUUGCCGAAAAAUGCAAAUUAUAUUUCUGUAACAGGACACGGUGGUAUUAAUCUUGAUAGUGGAACGCUAAUAACUAGUUCUGCAGAAGAGCAGAUAGAAGCUUCAUUUAUGGCGAUUGAAAAAGCUCUAUUGAAAGCUGGUGCUAAGAUUGGGUUAGCUUCAGUAUAUAAGUUUACAACGUUCAUUGUUGAUAUGAAAUAUGAGGCACCAAUGAUGAAAAUUUGGAAGAGAAUCCAGCCAAACCAUUUUCCAUCGUGGGUCUGUGUAGGAGUUGCUACGUUGUUUGAUAAAGAUGCCAUCAUUGAGAUUCAGGCAGAUGCUAUUUGUGAAGUCUUCUAG